AUGUUUUUAUUUUUUAGAAAAUGUUAACAACAUAAUUGUUUUUAUUCCAUUUAUAAAUCUGUAAAUAUUUGUAUAUUAUGCCCAAAUUUUACUGCGAAUAUUGCAGUAUCUAUUUAACUCAUAGUUCUCCCGCUGGGAGAAAACAACACUCCCAGGGUCGAAAACAUAUUAGCGCUAAAGUCGAAUAUUUUCAACGACUUGUUAGGGAGCAGUUUUUUCAGCCGCCUGUUUUUCUAGGACAAACUCCUCCUAUAUUCCCUGGUCUUCCAAUGAUGGGUGUUUUCCCCGGAUUCACACCUUUGCAACCUCCUAACAUUAUUCCUCAAGGACUGAUGAAUGGAAUUCCUGGCGGAUUGCCCGGCCCCGUUCCGCCGGUUCCUCCAGUACCAGUUCCUAUGCCCGCAAUCCCAGUGAUUCCUAACGAACCUCCAAAUAUGAAAAUUGAUUUAAACCAGCACAAUGCUUCAGGUGUGAAUAACACAUCCGCCACCACUGCUCAGUAAUUUUUCAUUCACCAUAUAAUAUGGCCAGAAUCAUGAGUAUUCGGAAUAAUAACUAAAUGAAAACCGAAUUCUAACAGUCAAAUCAAUAAUACAUCGAAUACCAAGUACUUGGUUUAUAAUAUAGAAUCAAUGAUGAAGGUAAUUAUCCCAUCCUACUAAGCAACUAAGACGUCGGAAUUUCCAGAAAGCCCUAAACUUUAACAAAUUUAUCACUGAACCGCCGACAGUAAUAAUUUAUAUUUUUA